ACUUGUGCUCCCGGAGGCCCAUCGAUGGAUGCUCGGCUGUCUUCAAAGCGCGAAGACCUACAGGUGGACUAACCCGAGGACUUGAUGACAGGGAGCUAAUAUUGGGACUCCUUUAGAGGGGGGGGGGGAGCGGCACUAUUUCCGUGUGGCGAGUGGAGAUGUCCGAGGAAAACUUGGGGGAAGAGUCGAGCAGCUCCCCGGUCUCCCCUGUGGACAGCAGCCCGAGCAACAGCGAGGGGGAGGCGCACACGCAGCCCAAAAGAAGCGCCAGGAAGCGGAGGCCGAGCAGGAAAAACGCCGCCGCCACCGCCGCCGCCGCCGCCGCCGCCGAAGACUCGGACAGCCCGAGCGCGGCAGGGGGCAAGCGGGGCAAGAAGUCGAGCAGCAGCGGCGGCGGCAGCCCGCAGUCGCUGGAGGAGCUCCAGAGCCAGCGCGUCAUGGCCAACGUGCGGGAGCGUCAGAGGACUCAGUCGCUCAACGAGGCCUUCGCGGCCCUGCGCAAGAUCAUCCCCACGCUGCCGUCCGACAAGCUCAGCAAAAUACAGACGCUCAAACUGGCCGCCAGGUACAUCGACUUCCUGUGCCAGGUGCUGCAGAGCGACGAGCUGGACGCCAAGAUGUCCAGCUGCAGCUAUGUGGCGCACGAACGGCUCAGCUACGCCUUCUCCGUGUGGAGGAUGGAGGGCGCCUGGUCCGUGUCCACAUCUCACUAGCGCCCGCGCGACUCGAGCCCAACACGGUGACUGCUGAUUCUCUACUUCUCACAUUCUGACGGGACAUGUCUGGAGUCCAAUGCUGGAUACAUGGGAUCACUAUUUAAAGCAAAGACCACGGAGGUGCUGCAGGGGAUUUUUCUUGUCGUUUGUUAGCUUUUCUUUUUUUUUUUUUUUUUUUUUUUGCAGCCACUCUGAUGACGGUUUAUGUGCAUGUUGUUGACGACGAAUGUUGAAUAUAUCACAUGUAUUGGGACUUAUUUCGGUGUGAGUGCGUGUGUGUGUUCUCUACUGGUGGUGUAGCCCACAUUAUGAGGCGAUUUUUUUUUUUUUUUUUUUUUUUUUUUUUGGUGGAGCAAACCUGUGCUAAAAAAAAAAAAAAUAUUGUCAGAAAACAUUUAUUUAUUUAUUGGUAUUACAUUUAGGAAUAAAUCCUGUGUCUGAAAUACAAAUACAUUCCUAUUUUUAUUAUCACUUUUGUAAAUGUUUGUAUAUUUUUUUGCAAUAAAGAAAAGGAGAAUA